AUGAAGAGAAAGGUGUCUCGAUUACGGUGCGGUAAACAGGAGCGGUAUAUCGCCCUGCAAAUCCGCACGGAGGUUCGGCAGCGACUGGAGCGCGAGCUGCAGAACCUGGCGCAGGAGUUGAAGGAGGAGUGGGAGCGACAGCAGAGGGAGAAACAGGAGACCCUGCAAAAGUUAUAUCAGGACAAUCUCCGAGUUUUGGGAGAGGGACAUAGAAAUGCCAAAGAAAAUAAGCCUGACUGUGAGGCAAUUGUACAGAAAAAUGAGGAGAAUAACGUUCGGGCAGAUGAGCGCAAUCGAGAUGCCAUCAAAGAGCUCAAAUCACAGAGACAGAAAGAAAAGGAGGAACAAAAUCGUGUUGAGGCUAGGAAGAAGGCCAUACAAGUGGAGAAGGAGAGGGCAGCAAACGUGGCCAACCUCCCAUCCCUUCCACCCAACCCAAUUGAGAAUAUUGAGUCAAGGAAGCUACCUGGAGUGAAGAAAUCGGACGUGGAUGCCUUCUCUGUGACCCACUAUCACAUGCCAGAGACUGCAGUGGACAGGGAAGUCGACACAGCACAGCCAAAGGCAUGGGAGGUGGCAGAGGAGGAGGUGCGGCGCCUGCAGGAGCUAGGACAGGAGGAGCAGAGGGAGAGACAGGAGCAGCUGGAUAAAGCUCGUCUUAGGGGCAACCACGCACUGAGGAGGGAACGGCUCACACAGGACCGAGAGCGUCUCCUUGUGGAGCUGGAACACAUGCAUCAGACAGACCUGUUGAGGCGCAGGCAGGUGAUGACUCCGAUGCCUGCCCAGAUCUUCCCGCCGCUCUACAAGAGACAGGAGAUGAGGGAGGACUGGCAGAGGGACAUGGAGUUCACGUUUGAAGAUAUGUACACUGGAGAGAGGAGAGUGAAAGGUGACCUGGUGCUGCAGCUGGGCCCAGAGCCUCUCGCAGCUGUGUCCACUGGCAGCCAGGAUGAAGACCUAGACCUGACCCUGGAGGAGGCCAUUCCUGACCUUACACCCUUGGCUGGGGCAGAGGAACAACAGAAUGAAGAACCAUCCAGGCCUCUAGGUGGUGCUCCCAGACAGGCCUUGAAGAAACUAUUGACCAGCGUCAGGUCACAGAGACACCAGUGGGGCUACCGGAGGCUGGUUGACCCCACGUCUGACCGCCAAACUAUUCAGACAGCAGAGUGCGACACGACCUCAGGUGGUACGACCAUUGAGUCAGGCUCUCUGGCCAGCAAAAAGCGGGGCCGACCGUUGACCACUAGUCCCAGACUCCCUGACCCCUCUCAGCCAGCCCAAGCUAUAGAGACAACAGAGGAGUACAUAGUAGCUGGUAACCUGCUGAUAAACAAGCCAUCAAGAUCCACACAUUUGAAACCGAGAGGAAGAGAAGGGAGGAGGAGCUGGAGAGGCAGGAGCAGAUAGCCCUGCUACAGGAUUUAGGGGAGAAGAACAGCAGGCUGGAGCUGCUGUUACUACAGGAGGCCCAGGAAGAGAGAGAGCAGCUACAGAUGGCCAUGACCCAAGACACUGCUGCUGCAUCUGGAACACCGAAAACACCAGCCCAGGACGUCAGCCCUGCUGCUCCAUCUCCUGAGUUAAGUGGAUGUGGGUGAGAUUGUGUGAAUGUAUCUGAGUCAUGAUGUAAAUCAAUAAUAGCCUGAAUUUUAUUUUUCAAUAUAUUUCAUGAUGGUUUCUACACUUGAACUGCGCUCUGUGAAUGUGUGUGUUUCCACAUGCAAUAGCGACACUGACUUGUUCUGUGGUUGUCCCUGUGCAGUCUACUAUACACUCAGCUGCUGAGGUUGACCACUCCAGGAGAAUCAGAGAGUUCACUUCACACCCAGACAGA